GCGAAGUUUCAUCGUUUGACCUCAUCUCAACUUGUCAGUUGUUUUUGCGUGUCGUGUCUACAGAGUGAAGAUCCAACUAUUAAUAGGUAAUAUGAGUCUGUGGGUUGAUAAAUACCGGCCAACAUCGCUGGCAAAGCUGGAUUACCACAAGGAGCAAGCAGCCAACAUAAAACAAUUGGUACACAGUGGUGAUUUUCCACAUCUACUUGUCUAUGGGCCGUCAGGUGCUGGCAAAAAGACGCGUAUAAUGUGUCUGCUUAGAGAGCUCUAUGGAUCAGGAGUCGAAAAGUUACGACUUGAACAUAAUAAUUUUACGACACCGUCAAAUCGUAAAAUUGAGAUAACUACUAUAGCCAGUAAUUAUCAUAUUGAAGUAAACCCAAGGUUUGUAAUACUCACAGAAGUAGAUCACCUGACAAAAGAUGCCCAGCAUGCAUUGCGUCGUACUAUGGAAAAAUACAUGGCAACAUGUCGUAUUAUAUUAUGCUGUAAUUCCACCAGUAAAGUCAUCCCCGCUAUCCGGAGUCGUUGUCUCGGUAUUAGAGUAGCGGCACCCUCGAUUGAAGAGAUUUGUCAGAUAUUACACAAUGUGUGCAGAAAAGAGGGGCUCAAUCUGCCCAGUGAGCUGGCCAAGAGACUAGCUGAGAAAUCUGAGCGCAAUCUACGGAAAGCAUUACUCAUGUGUGAAGCCUGUAAAGUACAGCAAUUGCUGGAAGUGAGAGGUCGACUGUAUGAGUUGCUGACGCACUGCAUUCCACCUGAGGUGAUCAUGAAAGGACUGUUAGCAGAGUUGGUCACCAAUUGUGACGGUCAAUUAAAGGCUGAAGUUACACAGAUGGCCGCUUUUUAUGAACAUCGUUUACAAUUGGGAUCAAAGUCAAUUUAUCAUCUAGAAGCGUUUGUUGCCAAGUUCAUGAGUAUUUAUAAACGAUUUCUUGAAGAUGGAAUGGCCGCCAUGGAUUUCUGAGAAAUGUUUUGCUUUUUCAUGUUUUGUCCCGUCAUUGAAGAAAACCUAACAAUGGAUUCCUAACACUUCUGUUCUUAUGUGACAUUCUUUGUAUUUAUACAUCAUAUUAAUGUACUAAGGCUAGUUUGCUUAUGGAAAAUAAACCACUUAGUGUGAAAGCAAA